ACCAUAGUCAGCUGUAUCCCAGCUAUUCCAUUCACCAUGUUCAAAUUCGCCACUGUUCUCACCAUCACCGCCGUCAUCGUCUCCGGCUUCGCUGUACAGGGUGCCACCCUCGAGCGACGCGCGUGCUCGGGCCCGGAUGAGACCAAGCCCGUGUGCCAGACGACUGACGGCAGCCCGUCGGUCGAUGAUUGCACAGCGGCGCUCGGGAAGCUGAGCGGCCAGUGCCACCAGUACAACAACGUCGGGUCCACAUGCACGAGUAUGGUCACCGUCGGAACGUGCAAGAUCGACGUGUGCGGCUUCCCGGGUGCGGAGCUCGUCAGCGGCGUCAACUGUGGCGGGUACCUGCAGACCAUCCUCAACGACUGCUCGUCCAACGGCAAGGUCGGCGGGUACCUCGAGCCCGCCAGCUGCAACGUCGCUUUCGGCGACCAGCCCUACAAGCUUCAAUUCUCCCACUCCUAAGCGUGCAGCGCCAUGAGCAACGGCCCCAUCAUCUUCCUUUUAUGAUGGUCGGACAUAAUAGCCAAUGACCGCUCUUGUAAUAU